AUGUCUACAAUCUCGGAACAGAUUCAAACCAGAAACACAAUACACUUCCGAUCAGUGGAGCCGACUACCCUCCGGCCUCCCUCGACGGUGGCUCCUACCUCGCGCUCCGAUUCCAUUGAACUCGUCGACUACCACCCUCCCUCCCACGCAGCUACCACAAGCGCAUCUGGCCCCGCUCGCUCAGACAAUUAUCAAUAUAGCGCUGGGCGGUUAGACCCUGCCGCCAACUCGCAGCCGCUUGCGGAUCUUGAUAUAGUUGAGGAGUCGCAGGAGAAGACAUUAGUACUUGACCAGCCGAAGGGCUCUCUUCGGUUCUGGGCUGAGGCUCUCCGACGUCGCGCUCAUAACGCAUCGCACGGGAACGUCGAUCCGCAUUCCAAAGCCAAGAUGAAGUUCUCGCAUAGUAUCCAGUUUAAUGCUGUGCCUGAUUGGAGCUCGAACUACAUCGCGUACAGCAAUUUGAAGAAAUUGAUCUACGCCCUUGAGAAACAGGUCAAUCGCAUUGAAGGACCGGCGACCACAGAUGUAGAGUCUGCUCCGCUGCUGGGCGAUGCUCAACCGAGUAACCCAGAUGCAAUCUUCAAACGGUCUCUUGAUGUCGAGAUGGAAAAGAUCUGUUCCUUCUAUCAGAAGAAGGAGGCGGAGAUUUUUGAACUCGCAGAUGAGCUCAUAAAAGACGCCGAUGUAUAUCUCUCCGAGACAGAUGGUGUCAACAUGGACCCCGUUAGCGAGACAAUCGUCAAGACAAGCUCCCGCCGCGGCAAUGGUACUGCCUCGGUCCCGCGCCGGCGGUCCAGUGCUGUGAGCAAUGACUCGAUGGCGGACGACGAAGGAGAAGGUGGUGAUAGCGACGACGACCGGUCCCCGAUGGCCCUCCCACAGCGCCGGAGAUUGCUGCAGUCGAUCGAUGGCGAGUCUGGCACGGACGACCACUACGGUGAUAUGGUAGACUCUUCCUACUUUGGACCGUCGACCACCCGUGAACCGCACGAGUCGCACUUCAACGACGAGGAUUUCCUCGCUCUUUACAAUACCGGCAUAUCGUUGAAGAGGCGCCUGAUCGAAUGCUACGUCUCACUCUGCGAACUUCGCUCCUUCAUCGAGCUGAACAAGACUGGUUUCGCCAAGGCCCUGAAGAAGUAUGACAAGACCUUGGACCGCAGCCUGCGCCGAGACUACCUAGCCUCUGUUGUCCAUCCCGCGAGACCUUUCACCGAAAGCACCAUGGCUGAAAUCGAUCGGCGUAUUGAGAACGUGGAGGGUGUGUACGCGGGCAUCGUCACGAAAAACAACAGGCAGUUUGCUAGACGCGAGCUGCGUCUGCAUCUGCGUGAGCAUGUCGUCUGGGAGCGCAACACCGUCUGGCGUGAGAUGAUCGAGAUCGAACGUCGUGCGCAGGCCGCCAAUGUUGGUAUUCGUCACACCCUCCUAGGUGGCGAUGAGGACCCGUCCACUGCACGGCGCCAGGGUGACAAGAGCGAGAUCCGCACUCAGGAGAUGUCAACGCCACUUGGUCGGUUCCAGUUCCCGUUGUGGCUCUGCAGCUUGAGCUUUGGUACGCUGGUAUUUAGUAUCGCCGUCUUCGGCGCAAUGCUUUCCAUCAAGGUGAUGGACACUCCCGAGGAGCAGAACUGCUUGGCUAUGUUGGUCCUCGUUAGUAUCUUGUGGUCCACCGAGGCUAUUCCGCUGUUCGUCACUUCGCUUCUUAUCCCAUUCCUAGUCGUGACUCUAGGCAUCAUGCGGUCAGACGAGGAGCCUCAGGUGCGAUUGGGACCCAAGGAAUCAGUCGGCAAGGUGUUCUCGGCGAUGUGGACUCCUGUGAUUAUGCUGCUCCUAGGUGGCUUCUCAAUCGCAGCGGCGCUGUCCAAGCACGAUAUCGCACGGCGCAUGGCCAUGUUCGUGCUAAGCAAAGCUGGAUCGAAGCCAUCUGUGAUGCUGUUGACCAACAUGUUUGUGAGCAUGUUCCUGAGCAUGUGGAUCAGUAAUGUUGCGUCUCCCGUGCUCUGCUACUCGAUCAUCCAACCUUUGCUGCGCAACAUGGCUCCCGAGUCAGACUUCGCCAAGGCACUCGUUCUGGGUAUCGCGUUAGCCGCCAAUGUCGGCGGCGCAGCGUCCCCGAUUGCCUCGCCGCAGAACAUCAUUGCCUUGCAGAACAUGCAGCCGAACAUCAGCUGGGGCACAUGGUUCUUCAUCGCACUGCCCGUCUGCAUCAUCUCCAUCCUACUAAUUUGGGUUCUGCUGCUGGUGACAUUCCGCCCGGGCCGAAACGCAACCGUGAUACCCAUCCGCCCCGUCAAGGACCGCUGGACCGGCAUGCAGUCCUUCAUCAGCAUCGUCACCCUCCUGACGAUCGUCCUCUGGUGCGCAAGCCACCAGCUCGAGCACAUCUUCGGCGACAUGGGCGUCAUCGCCAUCAUCCCUCUCGUCAUCUUCUUCGGCACCGGCAUCCUCAACAAAGAAGACUUCAACAACUUCCUCUGGACAAUCAUCAUCCUCGCCGCCGGUGGUCUGUGUCUAGGCAAGGCAGUCACCUCAUCCGGCUUGCUGCACACAAUCGCCAUGGGAAUUACCGCCCGCGUCGAGCACCUCAGUCUGUACAGCGUCCUCUUGGUAUUCUGUUCUCUCAUCCUUGUUAUGGCAACCUUCAUCUCGCACACAGUCGCUGCACUUAUCAUCCUCCCGCUUGUCCGCCAGAUCGGCGUUAGCAUGGAGAACCCGCAUCCUAACUUGUUGGUCAUGGCCAGUGCCUUGAUGUGCUCUGUUGCGAUGGGUUUGCCCACAAGUGGUUUCCCUAAUAUGACUGCUAUCAUGACCGAAGUACCCCAAACCGGCCAACGAUAUCUCCAAGUUCGCCAUUUCCUCACUCGCGGCAUCCCAGCCAGUCUCAUGUCCUUUGUGGUUAUUGUCACACUUGGAUAUGGACUGAUGUAUGUUGCGGGGUUGUAG